UUGCGUCGCAUAGGUGUUCGCCACGUUGUUGAUCUCUGUGCAGCACCGGGAAGUUGGAGCCAGGUAUUGUCAAAGAAUGUAUAUUUUGCUGAGGAAGACGAGGAGAAAAGAAAGGAUAUUCGUAUAGUGGCAGUAGAUUUACAGCCGAUGUCACCACUACCCGGUGUUACUCAACUGCAAGGUGAUAUAACUGAGGCAUUAAAUAUCGCAACAUAUGUUUUGAAAGAAAAUGGAACAUUUGUGGCUAAGAUAUUUCGAGCACGUGAUAUUACCUUGCUUUAUGCCCAGCUGAAAUUUUUCUUCAAGCAAGUCCAUUGCGUAAAGCCGCGAAGUAGCCGACAAAGUAGCUGUGAAGCCUUCGUUGUUUGCAAGGAAUUCUGUUUGCCGGAAGGAUAUACGCCAACAAUGAAAAAUCCAAUGUUAGCUCCGGACUAUGAUGCUGAAGUGAACAGUCUUACGGGACCCAAUCGUAUUCUUGUCCCAUUCCUUGCAUGUGGCGAUCUAUCCGGCUGGGAUUCCGAUCGAACGUACGGGCUCGAACUACCCGAACUGCUCGAUGAUGGAGAACGAGAACGCUAUACAUACAAGCCUGUGGUGCAACCCCCUACGCAACCAGCAUAUAAAAAAGCUUGUGAAUUAAAAAAAGCGGGUAAACUCGCAAAACCAGAAGUAAAAGACCCGUUUAUGGAGUGCGAUGUUCCAUCGAAAAAAGAAACGAGCAAAAAAGAAUCGGAAAAUGCUGGCAAUUUGGGAAUCGCCGAUGAGCUAGCCGAAGCUUUUGCUGAAUGCUUCGCCUUCAUUGAAGACAGCUGAAA